AUGGAAGAUGAUCUGACCCGAAUAGCUGACAUAAACAUACCAUCGUAUGGAAUCCUAGACUUGGAAAGUAAUCCUAAUCAACAGAACGGUCAAGCUAAUAAUCGGCGACAGUUACCUACAAUCAGUGGUGGAACUGCAGGAUAUUCUCCGGGAGUUGCACGAACUAAUGGAAGCUGUCAACCUUUUGAAACUUCAGGUAAUUCAGGUAAACUUAUAAUGUUGUGCUAUAACACCUUUAGGCAAGUUGAAACAAUAAAAACCUUACUUCAAGCCUAAAAUUAUAAAAAUUUCAAAUCUAUAAGCUUUUUACUCAAAUCUAGUAUUCUAAAAUUCAAAAUCUUGAUGCCUAAUGUUGCAAAAACCCUUCCAUUAUCUUGCUUACCGCCUUGUGCACAAAUUUUCGGACAAACAAAGACGUCUUGAGUCUUUUUGUGGCCGCGAGCUGCUUGAAAAGAGCCCAGUCUUAUGUCCUCUCUUCCGUCCAUUCUUCAAUUAUUGUAGUUUUCUUGUAAACUCCCAAUGGGUACGUCGAUUUACAACUUCUUUUGUCAAAACUCUAAUCAAUCUUCAAAAUUUACGAAGAAUUGUGUCGGUUUUCUAUAAAAUAAGUCAGGAUUACGAAUUUAUUAGACUUAUUUAUACGAAAAAUAAAAACAAAAAUAUGUUUUUAAAGACAAAUAAACAAUAUUUUACGCAGUAAAAUUGUAAUAUAUGUAAUUAUAUGCGUUGUAUCUUUUAGAAAUUGACCAUCAUGUCGUUCCACGGCCAACAGGACUAUCUACAGCAGCUGGAGUCUUUGCUCCAGUCACAAUAUCCAUGUUCUCGGCUUUGUUAUUCCUUCGAAUGGGUUAGUUCUUACUCUUUGAGGUUUAUCUUUAAAUAUUUAGGCUUUGCUGUUGGACAACUGGGUUUCAUGAUGACUUCUGUUGAGUUGGUAUUGGCUUACACGAUUAUAUUGUUAACAGUACUAUCGCUUUGCGCUGUUUCUUCAAACGGAGCGGUAGAAGGCGGAGGAGUUUAUUGUAAGUACAUCUAGAAAGUAUAUGGAGUGCCAAUUUAUGUAAAAAUAUAAUUUUUAGAAAGACAAACACUGCAAUAUUAAUAUUAUAUAUACUUAAAUUACAGACAUGAUCAGUCGAACCCUAGGACCUGAGUUUGGAGGCAGUAUUGGUAUCUUGUUCUUUGUUGCAAAUGUCUGUUCUUGUGCUCUGUACAUUACUGGUUUUACAGAAGCUUUUUCUAAUUUGGUUGGUAAGUAGUCUUUCAUUUUUUAUAGCAUGGAUAACUUAAGGUUUUUAAUAUAAAUUAGUGUUUUUAUAAGCAAAUUUUAUCUUUUGUAUUAUGUACUAUGUGAUUAAUGUUUCCUUUUUUAGGGCUUGGAGAUGGAUAUGGAGGCAAGUUCUUCCACUGUAUCUUGGUCAGUGUUGUUAUCUUAUGUCUAUGUUUACUUGGAAGUGGAAUAUUUGCCAAGACUGCUGUACUGGCAUUACUUGUGAUAACAGCUGGUUAUGCUUCUUUUGUAAUGACAACGAUUGUCAAAGGGCCUACAGAGAUUGCUAUUCCUAAAAGUAAUUCUUAUGCGUAUAUGGUGCCUGUGAACAUGUCUGAUCCAGAUGGUGAACAAAAAGAAGACUUCAAUCGGACUCUGACUGCGUUGUACACUUCUUUCAAGUAAGUUAUUCAGUUAUGUAUAGUUUAUUUUUAGUUGGGAGACAUUUAAAGGCAACUUUUUUACGAAUUACACCAAGGAUUAUACUACAGGGAAGCCAACUGACUUUGCUUUUAUGUUCUCCAUUAUAUUCAGCGGUGUUACUGGUAUGUUUUUGAUUUUUUGUUUGGAUUUUAGGUAACAACAAAUUUAAAAAUUACUUUGUUCUGAAAUAUAUAGUAAUGUCUAAAGUAUAAAAUUAGAAAUGGCACAUGCUUUAUUGCCUUUAAAUGAAAAAGUAUAAAGUUUGUAUGAUUUUAGGUUUGAUGGCAGGAGCCAACAUGUCUGGAGAGCUGGCUAAACCUAACGUUUCAAUUCCUCGUGGAACACUUCAAGCUGUGUUUGUUACUUUUUGUACCUACAUGCUUACUAACUUGUUGUUAUCUUCAACAUGUACUCGUAACCUUCUUCAUAAUAAUUAUUUGGUAUUCGUUGAUGUUAACAUCAGUUCAUUGAUUAUAUUAUGUGGUAUUUUUGCUGCCACGUUCUUCUCAUCAAUGAGCAACAUGCUUGGUGCGUCAAGAGUAUUAAAUCGACUGGCUCAUGACAAACUGUUUGGUAUGUUACUGAAGCCCGCUACGAUGGAAGCAGCUUCUGGCAAUCCAGUAGUUUCUGUUAUCAUUUCUUGGAUUUGUGUCAUGGUAGGUUUUCUUUCUGGGUUUUUGUAUAUGACAUAGGUGCUGUAACAGUAAAAUAUUAGAAGUAAAACUUUUAAUGUUAAUAUAGUUUUAUACGUUUCAUAUGUGACCAUGCUAAUGUAUUUCUUUCAGAUGGUAUUCUUUGUUGGUGCUAUGAAUCGUAUAGCUAAAAUCACAUCAAUAUUCUUCCUUUUGUCUUACAUGGGAGUAAACGUUGCUUGUUUAGCAUUGGAAUUGACAUCGGCACCUAAUUUUAGACCGACUUUCAAGUACUUCAGCUCUUUUACUUGUGCUUUGGGCGCUAUAGCUACAGCUGUUAUGAUGUUGGUUAUCGAUGCGUCGACGAGUGCAGUCGCUGUCGUUUUUUUGAUGAUCUUGAUUAUGGUUCUGCAUUAUCAAGUAGGUUUUACACAUUUUUAUUAUUUAAAGUACUUUUUUUAUAGUACGUUACUAAAAUAAUUAUAUUUUAUAAAUUAAAAGAAAAUAUUAUUUUAGGCUCCAAUCGGAUCAUGGGGCUCAAUUUCUCAAGCUCUGAUAUACCACCAAGUACGGAAGUACCUUCUCCUUCUUGAUGUUCGCAAAGAACAUGUCAAGUUCUGGAGACCACAGAUAUUGCUACUAGUCAGUAGACCUGCUUCGUGCUGUCCACUGAUCGACUUUGUCAAUGAUUUGAAGAAGAGUGGGUUGUAUGUUAUUGGUCAUGUGCAGCAAGAAAAUGAGAAUGCUGACAUUGCAUCGGAUCCAAUUCAACCAAUAUUACCAUACUGGCUGUCUUUGGUCGAUUACUUGAAGGUCAAGGCGUUUGUGGAGCUUACUGUGACUGAUAAUAUCAGAACUGGCAUGAAACAAGUAGGUUUGGGUUAUGAACAUUCUUUCUAUAUUUUUUUUUACUUUUUUUAAAUAAAGGAUAAUAUAAUAUUAGUAUAUCUUAAAAUACGUUUACUUAAGUAUAUUUCAGCUAAUCCGACUGAGUGGAUUAGGAGCAAUGAAGCCGAACACCGUAGUUAUUGGAUUCCACGAGCUUCGGCCUUCAGAGACCGUCUUAAAUGAAACCCAUCUUCUGAAGGAUCUCAAGUUUUCUAAAAUCGACAGAACAGAAGUUGUGGAGUACUUUACUUCUAAAGAUGUUCCUCAGCAGCUACAGUCGCCUAACGCCAGACUCACUAACCAACAGUAUGUUCAAGUACUUCAUGAUACACUGAACAUGAACAAGAACUUGGUAGUGGCAAGACACUUCAAUCGGUUUGAUCGAGAGUUGUUCUUAAAGUGGGUUAAUUGAGGUUUUAUCAUGAAAAAUAUGUUUUUGUUUAAUUUUUUAAAAAACGUUACAAAUUAUGUAAUUUAAUACAUAUAGUUAUAUGGAAAUUAAGUUUUUUAUUAACUUACCUGGUUUUAGACACGAAAAUCGUCGUUACAUUGAUGUUUGGCCUUCACAUCUCUUUAAACCGGAUGAUAAUGGUCUUCAAUGGGACAACAGCUCGUUAUUUGUCUUACAAUUGGCUUGUAUAUUGAGUAUGUCGAGUAAAUGGAAGAACGCUAAACUGAGAGUGUUUAUUUGUGUCAACAGUCUUCAAGAUAUGCAUGUACAAGAGCAACAGUUGAGGACACUUCUGGAGAAUCUGAGGAUCAAUGCAAAGUCAGUGAUGGUACCAUGGGACCAUGUGGUGUCACAGAUGGACAGAUCGUCACAACAAGUCAUGUAAGUUUGUUAUUCUUGUCUUAAAACUAAUCUUUUCUCAUAAUUCGUUUUUAAUUACUGUGCGGUACUUUGCGAGUAUUAUUAUCUGUAUAUUAUAGUACAUCUUGUAUAUUUUAUCUUGUUUUAGCACAAACAUAACCCAAUUCGAGCCGUCGUAUGUCCAAGCCGUAAACGAGAUGAUACGAAGGAACAGCACGGAAUCGGCGGUAUGUUUCUUGAAUUUACCCCUCCCUCCGGACCCGUCGGCUUCACCAGCCGAAAUUGAUAAGUAUGUUGAUCAACUUCGUCUGGUAACCGAAGAUCUGCCACCAUCUCUGUUGGUAUACGGUUUGUCGUCUGUAAUAUCGACUGCUUUGUAA